CAUUGUCGUUUGUUGUUGUCUCUUCACAGCAUGUCCGCCAGCCUGUCUGAGUCCUUCUCAUCCUGAAGACGCUCUACGUUUGCGCACUGCUGCGCGUCUCCGCUCACUGGCCAGCUUCUAAAGUUAGCGCUCUUUCUGCUGCUGCCUGCUUCGACACCGAAUGGAUUGCUCCGUUUGAGCACCGCAUCUGCUGGGAUGUUGCGCUGGAGGUUUUUUGGUCACCCGCUCUCACAGCUUGUCCGCAUGCUGUAGCGCCGGCAAAGAAAAGUAUGCACUAAAAUAUAAACUGUUUUGUUUGGCGGGGAGAAAAAAAAAGUUGCAAGUGGAAGAAGGAGGAUUAUGCAGUGAACGCUGCGCAUACCUGGAAAAGGUGACUGAAGUAGGGAUUAACUCCAGCAAGGCCAACUAGGAGUCAUAUCUACAACAACUGCAUCCACACACACCAGCAUGGACCUAAAGGACCGAAGGCAACGUUCCCUGACCUGCUCCAAGGACUCCCCGUACAACACCUCAUCCCUGGAUGCAGAUGAGUGUCGCGUGCCGACUCAGAAGUCUUACAGCUCCAGUGAGACGCUCAAGGCUUUUGAGCACGAGCAGAGGCUGCACUACAGCGGCUGUGUGACUGACCUUGUUCACCACGAGGCUGAUGAGUACUCACGACAAGGACUUCUGGAAUUUUCUCCUGUCCUCCUCCGAUACUUCAUCUCAGUGGGAGGGAGACAACCAAAGAAGAAGCCGACUGGGGGGACAUUUACCCUGGCCGAGCUGGGAGUGUGCGAGCAAACGCCCGUUCCGCAUCCUGCCCCUGUCCCCUACUGCCCGGAACUGGGGCUCCUCCAGAGGGGCUACUCCCUCAGUGCUGGCUCCGAUGCAGACUCUGACCCAGACGGCCCACUGUCACCUGACAGAGCCAUCCAACUUUGGGCCGGAGGAGGAAGAGUUAAGUCCCGCCGCAGCUCAGGAGUGUCCAGUCAUGAGAACUCGGCCCUGACGCUCACCGAUUCUGAGAAUGACAAUAAGUCUGACGAUGAAUCAGCUUAUCUAGAUGAUGAGGAGAAUGAGGAUCCAUUUGGGGACUAUGUGAUCAGUCGCCCACUGCCUCCAACCUCUUCCUCCUCCUUGCUCCCUCCGUCCCUUCCGUCCUCCUCGUCCGCCCCACACCACCCAUCCCCCGGCCCUUCUCCACCCAUCAGGGAGUGCCAGGUGCCCCUCCUGGAGAAAAACUCCACCCAUUCUCACUUGGAGCCUCACCCGGAUGAUUCAUAUUUGCUGCGGGCCCAGCCAUCCUCCACGGGGGUGGCAAACCACCACACCCAGUCCAAGCUACGGCCUCCACUGCCCCCGCCACACAACCAUCACACCUUGUCGCACCAGUCUGCAAACAGCUUGAACAGAAACACCCUGAGAGGGGGGCGGAACCCCAUUCACGCCCCCACGACUGGCACCGGAGACGGACCCACCACACCAGAGUCCGUGCAGCUUCAAGACAGCUGGGUGCUCAACAGUAACGUCCCCCUAGAGACCAGGCACUUCUUAUUCAAGACAUCGUCUGGGACCACCCCUCUCUUCAGUAGCUCCUCUCCUGGCUACCCUCUCACCUCGGGAACAGUGUAUUCUCCGCCUCCUCGUUUGCUACCCAGAAACACCUUUUCCCGCUCAGCCUUCAAGCUAAAGAAGCCGUCCAAGUACUGCAGCUGGAAGUGUGCAGCAGUGACGGCCAUUGCUGCUGCUGCCCUCCUGGCCAUCCUAUUGUCCUACUUCAUUGCUAUCAACUUGCUGGGUUUGACAUGGCAGCUGAAGCCGUCUGAUGGCCCUGUGUUAAACAACGGACUGGGGGCGGGCUUGCCUGUCAACAGUGAUGUGGCCACGCUGCCUUCUGGAGGCAGAGUUUCUUUCCCCCUCACACCAGGACCCUGGGCAGGACGGAACAGCAGCAUAGACACAGGCAGCAUUGAUGUGGGGAGGCGAGUGACUCAAGAAGUCCCACCAGGAGUGUUUUGGAGGUCCCUGCUUUACCUCAGCCAAGCCCAGUUUCUCAAAUUCAACAUCUCCUUGGGCAAGGAUGCCUUGUUUGGAGUGUACAUCCGCAAGGGCCUGCCCCCCUCGCAUGCACAGUACGACUACAUGGAGCGCUUGGACGGGAAGGAGAAGUGGAGUGUGGUCGAAUCUCCUAGAGAGAGGAGGAGCAUCCAAACUGUGGUCCUCAAUGAAGCAGUUUUUGUCCAGUUCCUGGAUGCCGGAGCCUGGCACCUGGCUUUCUACAAUGAUGGUCGCGAGAGGGAAACAGUUUCCUUCAGUACAAAUAUUAUGGAUUCAGUGCAAGAGUGCCCGCGCAAUUGCCAUGGUAACGGAGAGUGCAAUUCUGGCGUGUGCCAUUGCUUCCCUGGAUUCCAUGGCAUGGACUGCUCCAAAGCGGCAUGCCCAGUGCUGUGCAGCGGCAACGGCCAGUACGACAAGGGCUCCUGUGUGUGUUACAGUGGUUGGAAAGGACCCGAGUGUGAUGUCCCUGUCACACAGUGCAUUGACCCUCUUUGCAGCGGCCACGGCACCUGCACCAAUGGCAACUGUGUGUGCUCCAUCGGCUACAAAGGACAGAACUGUGCAGAAGUGGAUUGCCUGGACCCAACAUGUUCCAACAAUGGCAUUUGUGUGAAUGGGGAGUGCCACUGUAAGCCAGGGUGGGGAGGACUCCACUGUGAGCUGCCCAGGGCUCAGUGUCCAGACCAGUGCCACGGCCACGGCGCUUUCAUUCCAGACACUGGACUGUGCAGCUGUGACCCUAACUGGAUGGGACCUGACUGUUCUAUGGAGGUGUGUUCUGUGGACUGCGGGACACAUGGAGUGUGUAUGGGUGGAGCUUGUCGCUGCGAGGAGGGCUGGACAGGUGCCGGCUGUGACCAGCGUGUGUGCAACCCGCUCUGCAUCAAACAUGGAACCUGCAAGGAUGGCAAGUGUCAGUGUCACCAGGGCUGGAAUGGAGAGCACUGCACUAUUGACCAUGGGAGCAUGGUUGACAAAGCAGAUGGCUGUCCUAACCUAUGUAAUGGGAAUGGCCAGUGCACCAUGGGACAGCAGAGUUGGCAUUGUGAAUGUCAGACUGGUUGGAGGGGCCCUGGGUGCAGUGUUGCCAUGGAGACCUCCUGUGCUGACAAUAAGGACAAUGAAGGAGAUGGACUAACAGACUGCAUGGACCCAGACUGUUGCAUUCAAAGUCCUUGUCAAAACAGUCCACUGUGUCGAGGUUCCAGGGACCCCCUGCAAGUCAUACAACAGACCCCCUCGUCCCAAACCCGCGUCCACUCCUUCUACGAUCGUGUUAAGAUGCUUGUAUCACGGGAUGGCACCCAUGUCAUUCCUGGAGAAAAUCCAUUCAACUCCAGUUUGGCAUCCCUAAUCCGGGGUCAGGUGUUGACGACCGAUGGAACUCCUCUGGUGGGAGUGAACGUGUCUUUUGUCAACUACCCCCACUAUGGAUACACGCUGACUCGGCAAGAUGGAAUGUUUGACCUGAUAGCUAAUGGUGGUGCAUCACUGACUCUACGAUUGGAACGUGCCCCGUUCCUGAGCCAGGAGCACACCGUGUGGCUGCCAUGGAGCCAGUUUUAUGCUAUGGACACUGUGGUGCUUAAGACAGAAGAGAACACAAUCCCUGGCUGUGACCUGAGUGGCUUCGUCAGGCCUGAUCCUCUUGUGAUUGCAUCCCCUCUCUCCUCCUUCUUCAGCUCCAAGCCAGGGGAGAAACCCAUCAUACCAGAGACACAGGUGCUGCAUGAGCAGAUCGAGGUACCUGGCACCAGUCUAAAGCUGUGCUACCUAAGUUCCAGGACACAGGGUUACCGCUCCCUGCUCAAGGUGACCAUGACCCCUGCCGUGGUUUCCAUGGGUCUGCUGAAGGUUCACAUGAUGGUCGCAGUGGAGGGCCACCUCUUUCAGAAGUGGUUUCAUGCAUCGCCCAAUUUAGCCUACACUUACAUCUGGGAUAAGACUGAUGCAUAUGGGCAGAGGGUCUAUGGGCUGUCGGAGGCUGUUGUGUCUGUAGGCUAUGAGUACGAGUCAUGUGCUAGUCUCAUUCUGUGGGAGAAGAGAACCGCCAUCCUCCAAGGCUACGAACUGGAUCCUACCAAUCUGGGUGGCUGGUCACUGGACAAGCACCAUAUACUCAACACACGCAGUGGCAUUCUUCACAAGGGGAGCGGAGAGAACAUCUUUGUGACAGAGCAGCCUCCAGUCAUCACCAGCAUCAUGGGUAAUGGUCGCAGACGCAGUAUCUCCUGCCCCAGUUGUAAUGGCCUUGCGGAUGGCAAUAAGCUGCUGGCACCAGUUGCCUUGGCGAUGGGCAUUGACGGCAGCCUCUACGUAGGGGACCUCAACUUUGUACGCAGGGUUUUCCCAUCCCUGAACACCACCGGCAUCUUGGAAUUGAGGAACAAAGAUUUCAGACACAGUAAUAAUCCAACCCAUAAGUAUUUCCUGGCAGUAGAUCCAUUAUCUGGGGCAUUGUUCAUCUCAGACACCAACUCACGACGAAUUUACCGUGUUCGCUCGUUAACGGGUGGUCGCCUGCUGUCUGACAAUGCUGAGGUGGUUGCUGGGACUGGAGAGCAGUGUCUGCCCUUUGAUGAACGCUGCGGCGAUGGCGGCAAAGCCACUGAAGCUACGCUUAUGAGCCCGAAAGGUAUCGCCGUGGAUAAAAAUGGGCUUAUGUACUUUGUGGAUGCCACUAUGAUCCGGAAGGUAGACCAAAACGGCAUCAUCUCCACUCUGCUGGGGGCCAACGAUCUGACCGCCGUACGACCACUGAGCUGUGACACCAGCAUGGAUGUGAGCCAGGUACGCCUGGAGUGGCCUACAGACUUAGCAGUGAAUCCCAUGGACAACUCUCUCUAUGUUCUGGAGAACAAUGUCAUUCUGCGCAUUACAGAGAACCAUCAGGUGAGCAUCAUCGCAGGCCGGCCAAUGCACUGCCAGGUGCCAGGUAUUGACUACAGCCUCAGCAAGCUGGCAAUCCAUGCUGCCCUUGAGAGCGCUACAGCCAUCGCCCUGUCCCACACUGGCAUUCUCUACAUCGCUGAGACAGAUGAGAAGAAGAUUAACCGUGUUCGACAGGUGAGCACUAAUGGAGAGAUCUCCCUCCUGGCCGGAGCUGCCUCCGACUGUGACUGCAAGAACGACGUCAACUGCAACUGCUUCUACGGAGACGAUGGCUACGCCCCUGACGCCGGCUUGAACUCUCCUACCUCCCUGGCUGUGUCCCCUGAUGGGACACUCUUUAUCGCAGAUCUCAACAACAUACGCAUCAGAGCUGUGCAAGCAAACCGGCCUGGACCUGCCGUGUCUAGUCCAGGCUACAGUGGAUCUGGGGGCCCGCAAUAUGAGGUGGCAUCUCCCAGGGAACAGGAGCUGUAUAUCUUCAAUGCAGAGGGGCUUCACAUCCAGACCGUUAGUCUUGUGACUGGAGAGCCACUUUAUAACUUUACAUAUGGUGCAGAUGGCGAGUUGGCCAGUCUGAUGGACAAUUGCAAUAAUUCAGUCAAGGUGAGGAGGGAAGGCCUGGGCCAGGGAGGAGGAGCAGGCCUGCUCCGACUGGUUCUUCUGCCAGAGAAUCAAGUGGUGACCUUGGGACUUGAUCCGAGCGGAGGUCUGCGUAGUGUGUCAGCCAUAGGCCAAGAGGUGGCUCUGAUGGGCUACAGCGGCAACACAGGCCUGCUCGCUACCAAAGCUGAUGAGACUGGAUGGACCACUUUUUACCAGUAUGACAGCGAGGGUCGCCUGACUAAUGUGACAUACCCCACGGGCAUGGUAACAAGUCUCCAUCGUGAGAUUGAACGUUCCAUCACCAUCGACAUCGAGAGCUCUAGCAGAGAUGACGACGUGACUGUCAUCACCAACCUGUCUUCUGUAGAAGCCUCGUAUACUGUGGUGCAAGACCAGGUAAGGAACAGCUACCAGCUGUGUAACAAUGGGACCCUGAGAGUGAUGUAUGCCAAUGGAAUGGGCAUAAGCUUCCACACAGAGCCUCAUAUCUUGGCAGGGUCUGUCAGUCCUACUAUCGGUCGCAGGAAUAUAACACUUCCUACAGACAACGGCCUUAACUCCAUUGAAUGGCGCCUACGUAAAGAGCAGACCAAGGGAAAGAUUACGGUUUUUGGCAGGAAGCUGAGGGCACAUGGCCGCAAUCUCCUCUCCAUCGAUUUUGACCGCAACACGCGCACAGAGAAGAUUUACGAUGAUCACCGCAAGUUUACACUGCGCAUCAUGUAUGAUGCACAGGGCCGGCCAGCGAUGUGGUUGCCUAGCAGCAGCCUGGCAGUGGUCAAUGUGUCCUACUCAUCCACUGGGCAGCUUGUUGGCUUGCAGAGGGGGAGCAUGAGCGAGAGAACGGAGUUUGAUGCGCAUGGACGCAUCCUAUCUCGUACUUUUGUGGACGGGAAGGUGUGGAGUUACAGUUAUCUUGAUAAAUCUAUGGUGUUAUUGCUGCAGAGCCAAAAGCAGUACAUCUUUGAGUUUGAUACCUCAAACCGGGUCACAGCUGUCACCAUGCCGAGCGUUGCCCGCCACACCAUGUUCACACACGUGUCCAUCGGAUACAUCCGUAACACGUACAACCCCCCAGAAAGCAACGCCUCCAUCAUCCACGACUUCAGUGAAGAUGGCAGGCCUCAGGCCACACAUUACCUGGGAACCGGCCGGCGUGUCCUCUACAAGUACGGCAAGCUGGCCAAGUUGUCCGAGAUUGUGUAUGACAGCACUGCGGUCACUUUCGGCUAUGAUGAGACAGCCGGCGUGCUGAAGAUGGUCAAUCUCCAGAGCGGCGGCUUCUCUUGUACCAUCCGCUAUCGCAAAAUGGGCCCACUCAUUGACAAGCAAAUCUAUCGCUUCAGUGAGGAGGGGAUGGUCAAUGCAAGGUUCGACUACACUUACCACGACAACAGUUUCCGAAUCGCCAGCAUGAAACCAGUCAUAAGUGAAACGCCUCUUCCUGUUGACCUCUACAGAUAUGAUGAAAUCUCUGGCAAGGUGGAGCACUUUGGAAAGUUUGGGGUCAUUUACUAUGACAUUAAUCAGAUCAUCACCACAGCUGUUAUGACGCUGAGUAAGCAUUUCGACACCCACGGUCGCAUCAAGGAGGUCCAGUAUGAGAUCUUCCGUUCCCUCAUGUACUGGAUGACAGUGCAGUAUGACAGCAUGGGACGUGUGGUGAAGAGAGAGCUCAAAAUCGGGCCCUACGCCAACACCACUCAGUAUCGCUAUGAUUAUGAUGGAGACGGACAGCUCACAGGGGUCAAGGUGAACGACUGGUCAACAUGGCGUUACAGCUAUGACCUGAACGGGAACCUUCAUCUGCUGAACCCCGGGAACAGCGCUCGGAUCAUGCCGCUACGCUAUGACCUCCGUGAUCGCAUCACACGACUGGGAGACGUCCAAUACCGCCUGGAUGAGGAUGGUUACCUCAGCCAGCGGGGUUCUGACAUGUUUGACUACAAUUCAAAGGGUCAGCUGCUGAGAGCCUACAAUCGGGGACCUGGUGGCUGGAGCGUUGUGUAUCACUACGACGGGCUCGGACGCCGAGUCUCGACAAGGAACAGCCUAGGACAGCACCUUCAGUUCUUUUAUGCUGAUCUCAACCAUCCAACUAGGGUGACACACAUCUUUAACCACUCGAGCUCAGAAAUCUCCUCGCUCUACUAUGACCUCCAGGGUCAUCUGUUUGCCAUGGAGGUAAGCAGUGGUGAGGAAUACUACAUAGCAUCCGACAACACUGGAACACCCUUGGCUGUUUUUAGCAGCAAUGGACAGAUGAUCAAACAGUUGCAGUACACAGCUUACGGAGAGGUUUAUCUGGACUCCAACCCAGAAUUUCAGCUGGUGGUUGGAUUUCAUGGUGGUCUGUACGACUCACUGACCAAGCUGGUCCACUUCACCCAGCGUGACUAUGACGUCUUAGCGGGGCGCUGGACCUCACCCGACUACAGCAUCUGGCCCAAGAUUGGGAAGGAUCCAUCUCCGUUUAAUCUGUACAUGUUCAAGAACAACAAUCCCCUCAGUGACAUGUUAGAUGUCAAAAAUUAUGUCACAGAUGUGAAGAGUUGGCUGGUGAUGUUUGGCUUCCAGCUUAGUAACAUAAUCCCAGGAUUCCCUCGACACUCGCUCUACUUUGUGGAGCCGCCGUACGAGCUGCAGGCCACCCAGCACUGUGAAAACGGACAGCUCAUCACUGGAGUGCAGCAGGCUGCAGAGCGUCACAACCAGGCGUUCAUGGCCCUGGAGGGUCGUCUUCUCAACAAGGAACGCCGCAGACGCAAGGACAAGCCGGGCCACUGGUUUGGCACUAGUACCCCCAUCAUUGGCCGUGGGGUAAUGCUAGCGCUGAAGGAGGACAGAGUGGUGGCUGGCGUGUCAUCUUUGGCUAGCGACGACAGCCGCAAAGUGGCUCUCGUGCUGAAUGGCGCCCAGUACCUGGUAGGCACGCACUACACGCAGGACGGGAAGGACUGUCACUACUUGGUCAAAAUUGGCUCAGCUGACAGCGAUCUCUUGGCGCUGGGACUGACAAACGGACGUAAGUCACUGGAGAGCGGUAUCAACGUGACGGUGAGCGGGCGCUCCAGGAGAGGAGUGACCGUGGAGUUUGCGGUGCCAUCGUUUGUGCUGAGCAUUCGUUACGGGCUCUCUGCAGACGUGGUGGAUGAGGAGAAGGUAAGACUGUUGGAGCUGGCUCGACAAAGGGCCUUGGCGGGGGCCUGGGCCAAGGAACAGCAGAAGGCUAGAGACGGCAAAGGAGGCAGUCGCCUCUGGACUGAGGGAGAGAGACAACAGCUCCUAACGACAGGCAGAGUACAAGGCUAUGAUGGCUACUAUGUACUACCUGUGGAGCAGUACCCAGAACUGGCUGACAGCAGCAACAACAUCCAAUUCCUCAGACAGAACGAGAUGGGCAAGAGGUAACAGCCCACCUUGCGCCAGUCCCACUCAUCCUAACCCUUUCUUUCAUUCCCAGCCUCCUCAACCCUUCACCAACAAACGGGGUUACUCAUGGAACGCUGCAGGGACAUUUGAAAAGAGUGAAAACUAUUAUUAAUUUUACUGCCACGGGCAAAAAAAAUUAAGGUAAUAUUUCUUUUGAUGACAGAAACACUGAAAAGUGAAAAGGCGCUGCUUAAUAAAUAAGAAGAUUCCCCUUUUUAAAAAAGAUGAUUGAUAUUUUCGCCCAUAUUUUUGGGUCCACACUGAGAGCGACCAUGAACAUUCAGUGGAGCUCGCUGGCUUCUGUGGCGAAGCCUCGUCUGUCUCUCAUGGACGAUGAAAGCAAAAGAACUCGAGUGGAGACCACUUCGAAGUGUUGUCAUGACAACAACACACGGAGGACGGACAAGGAAAUGUUCAAGUCGGUCGAGCACUAUGAGUGGUCACCUUGUCUCAGGCCUCCCAUUGUCCAUCGCUGAGCAGUCGUCCCCUGCUGAUGCAGUACUCAUCAAAGCAAACAACACACACGCUGAAGGCCUCCCUGAACUACUCUUACUGGACCAGAAAAUACUUUGAAGAGAAACAAAAAAAAAAAAAAAAGAUGGCUAUAUUUGCGGACAGUGGCACGUGAAACCGGGCGAAAGGACAUAUUAGGACAUACGUGUCCAACUCCACUAAGGUUCAGGAUGUGGCGUAUACUGUAGAUGCUGUAGUUUUGUAUGUUUCAGUCGCAGUAGGAUUGUGAGACGUCACCGAGGCAUUUCUGUACAGAACACACCGCUCACAGAGUCCAAACAUACUAAGUAUUUAUUUUCAUUUUCUUGUUUUUUGUUUUAUUUAUUUAUUCUUAGUACUAUAUGACAAUCAUGAAUGAGUCGGUCGUAUUCAAAACGAAUUUGAACAUAUGGGUUGAUUUUUUUCUUUUGUAAAUUAUGUUUCCAAUUUUCUUUUUGUAUUACUUUUUAGAUUACUACCAGGGCAAAUAAUAGUAAGUCUCUAAAAAGAAUAAUUUAUGUGUUUAAAAUGGUUUAUACACUAAAUGAAAGUCUUUAAAACUGUGAAAAUGUUUUUCCAAGCUAUAUUUCGAUGUACAGUUGUAUAGACCUACCUUUAUGCAGCACAGUAGAAUAUUGUUCAGAAUAUCAAGUUUUAUAUUUCUAAGAGGAAGUGGCUUGUUGUGUGCAAAUUCUUUGGCUGGUAUUACUACUCUAGAGUUUUGUGGCACUCUAAUAUUGCAUAUCUACAGCAUCAGUCCGCAGUUUGUUGUUUUCUUUUUUGUUCUUUCUGUCUUUGUUUUUGGAAGCAGAUGUGUUUCUGACCUAGAUCCCAACAGCAGUAGCAGUCAUGGAUCCUCCUCACUGUGAAGAGACUCGUGAUGGAUGUCAAAAUGUACCAAAUCAGUAUUAUCAAAGGAUAACACUUUCACUAAAACGAGACUCUUCUGGGACCUUAUGAAUAAAACAUGAUUGUUUACUUCAACUCAA